AUGGUGGCUUCUGGGCUAACUGCUGUGGUACCUUCUCAGAAGGGAAAAACUUGUCGGAAAUUGCCAGUUGGGUUGGUCCGACCAAGAAAGGCAUGGGAGGAAAGAAUCCACUCCUUCAGCGAAGAAGAAAGUCCUGAAUCAGUUAAUCAUGCUUGUCAGUUCAUGCACGCUUCAACAGAUGAUCAUUGUGGUGCUGGAGAGGUUGUUUCUGAGAGAGGUUAUAAGGAGUUUAAGUUGGGGGAUUAUUCUAAUUGGUUGCAGAAGAGGGUUAAUAAUACCAAGAACUGGAACAAUAUUAAGAGUUGCUUGAUUGAUAGCAAGGUUUGCAAGAGUCUCGUUGAUCAGAACGUGAACAAGAACUCUGGUUGCUGUAAGCCUCCAACUUCAUGUAAGUUCACCUAUGUGACUCUAAUCGAAUGGACCAACCCAAGCAACACAACCUCCUUCACUGAUUCUGACUACACAGCUUGGAACAACAAUGAAAAUGAUCUCUGCUACAACUGCCAGUCUUGUAAGGGUGGAGUGCUUCAAAAUAUAAAGAGUCAGUGGAAGAAGGUUGCCAUUGUCAACAUCAUCUUCCUCAUCUUCCUUGUCAUUGUCUACACCAUUGGUUGCUGUGCUUUCAGGAACAACAGGAUGGAUAAUUCUUAUCCCAGAUAUAAGGGUUACCCAUAG